AUGUCAGCAUACUCUGCGAUAUCCUCAAAACGGCCGUUGAAUGCUUAUUUUUUAUUUCAACAAGACAAUCGAGAUCGUAUUCGAGAUGAAAAUCCUUCUGUACAUAUCCAAUCAGAACUGGCAAAAAUAACUGGUGAAGAAUGGCGCAAUGCACCAGCUCGCGUGAAAGAAAGAUAUCAACAACGAGCUGAACAAGAUAUGGACAUUUAUAAGAGAGAAAAAUCGCCUAAUCCGAGUGGAAAGAAAGCAACAUAUGAUCGAGACGAUAAGAAACCAAGCGGCUAUAAAUCGAGAAAAACAUUAACGACACCAAAAAAACAAAACUAUUCUGAUGGUGACGAGGAUGAAGAAGAAGAAGAACUUAAUCAAAGUCAAAGUGAAUUAGUCGAAGCAGUGAAACAGCGUAUAAAACAAAAUAUCGAUGAUCUAUGUGCUGAUCUAGAUAAACUGGGUGUUGUUGGUACUAAACUUAGAAAAUCAAUGCCUAAUGAGAAACAUGAAGACUAUUAUGAAACAAAGUCAAAAUCUUAG